AAUGUUUACAUGUCUACGGUUAACGACUCCGAAUCAAAUAAAGGACUCGAGUUUUUUACUGAAAGAGGAUGAGGUGGCUUUUUAUACAUAUUACUGGAUAUUCGGGUAUUUAUUAACGACUUUGUAGUCUCGAGUACACGUAUAUAUAAUGUUAAUUCGAUAUAUUUAGUAUACGCCAGGUAUAUGACCAGUUUGAAAUUCUCUGGCACAUUCAUAAGAUAGCAAGCACAUUAUAAGUAUACUAUACACCAAUAUUUGUGUGUUUCAAGUGGAUUUUACUGACAAUUUAUAAAUGCUGACUAUAGAUUUUUAAAUUUUCUUUAUAUUUGUGGUAAUUGUCUGAGAUAAAAAGAACUGGAAUGGGUAAAUUUAUAUCUGAAGAUUUUUGUACUGGGAAAAGAUUAUUAAUUGGUGGACUAAUCGGAGUCGUAGUGCUCGCCGUAAUUAUUGGUGUUGCAGUCGGAGUGCCAUUAUCCAAGAGGGAUACCAGUACUACUUUAGCCAGAGCAAAACGAGUUUUGGAUGAGUAUCCUCUGAUUGACGGGCAUAAUGAUUUAGCAUGGCAGUACAGAAAUCAGGCUAAUAAUAGUGUAAACAGUAUCAAUUUAGACCAAUCAUUACAAGGCAUCUGGACACCUACACAUACCGAUAUACCCAGAAUAAAGGCGGGUAAACUAAAAGCUCAGUUCUGGGCACUGUAUGUACCAUGUUCAUCUCAAUAUAAAGAUUCAGUUCGGAUAUCCCUGGAUCAGAUGGACACUAUCAAGAGAUUUAAUGCAAAGUAUCCAAAUGAAUUUAGAUUUGUCACAUCCGCGCAAGGAAUACUUGACGCGUUCGAUGCCGGUAAGUUUGCCAGUUUGGUUGGUUUAGAAGGUGGACAUUCCAUACAGAGUAGUUUAGGGAAUUUGAGAAUGUUUUAUGAUCUGGGAGUGAGAUAUAUGACUGUAACUCACAGCUGUAACACACCCUGGGCCGAUAACUGGAAAAUUGAUGAAGACAAUAACACUGAUACCUCAGUUAAUGGUUUGACAGAUUUUGGAAAGACGGUUAUAAAAGAGAUGAAUAGGUUGGGAAUGUUGGUAGAUUUAUCACAUGUCUCUCGGAAAACCAUGUUAGAUGCUUUAGAAGUGACCAAAGCUCCAAUUAUAUUCAGUCAUUCAUCAGCUUAUGAGAAAUGUAAUCAUAACAGAAACGUUCGAAAUGAUGUUCUGGAGAAAACAAAAGAAAAUAAAGGUGUUGUAAUGGUGAAUUUUUAUAGUGACUAUAUAAAUUGUACUCCAAACUUGCAACCGAAAGCAACUUUAUCUCAAGUCGCAGAUCAUAUAGAUUAUAUUAAGACUCUGAUUGGUGUAGACUAUGUUGGUAUAGGUGCUGAUUAUGACGGAGUGGAACGAGUACCCGAGGGUUUAGAAGAUGUCUCUACAUACCCAGCUUUGUUCGCCGAACUACUGAAUAGAGGUUGGACAGAACCAGAUCUGAAAAAGUUAGCUGGUGAAAAUUUAAUCCGAGUCUUUAAAAGAACGGAAGAGGUACGAGAUGAAAUGAGUAAUACGCCACCAUUUGAAGAUCAUCUACCCGUACCAGAACAAGUUGAUCAUGCUUGUAAAACAAGU